UAAAGUAGUUUCACUUCAGACACGAGGCGUUAGUCUAACGUGAAACCUUCAAUAGUACGUUGAUUUACAGGACGUUCGAACAUCAAACAGAAUCUCUUGGUGCUUGCUUCAUGACGUGUAUGUAUCUGCAUGUAUUGGAUUCCAACAUAGGCACUUGGAGUCACGUUUAACCAUUUUAGUGACAGCAGGCGGGUGAGAGAUUGUGAGCUAGCGGGCACCUGCUGUCUUCCACUACCGCCAACAACAUGCACUGUCUGUGUGCCGCACUAUUGCUGUCCGGGAUUCUGGGCAUAUAUGCCCCUAUCACAUUUGAUUCAGGAACCUGCGCGAACAAUGUUGGGCACGAAAUGGACUCUGGCACAUCGUGGUUCCACAAUGGGGAGUGUGCUAAAUACGGCUGCUUCGUGAAGAAUGACGUCAGGAUCAGAUACAGGGAAACAUGUCCAGACUACCCGAUCCCGAGUUGUCAGUACAACCUGAAGAAGGACCCAACCGGGCCGUUCCCGGAGUGUUGUGACGUUCCAUAUUGCACAGGUCCUCCUGUAGGAAAAUAAACUACCUCUUUUUGCGCCAAAA